AUGAAUGCAGCAAACAACUGCGAUGCAGUCAUGGAACAAGUUUCCACGAGGUCUCGACAGGAGUCUGAAGAAACAGAUGUGACCAUGCAUGUGAUGCAGCUCGUACGGUCAGCGGGUCGGGGGUGGCAAAGUGAGGGCUCUGCCGCAAUGCUUGAGCUUGACGGCAUUGCCGCAAUUGGCAUGGGGUCCAAUAUCAAGCACCGCCGGCGGGCUGCGUGGGUUGCCUUUGCAGUUGCGCACCUCAUUGCUGCAGCCGACCGCCGUCAAGUCACCAAUGACUCGCUAAGACGACUCAUGGAGAUGACACACAUGAAAGACUUGGCAGACAAAGCCUGGAGGGCGCGGAAUGAGCCCAUGAACUUCCCUUCUGUAACAGAUCCACCUGGCGGUUCUCUCAGCGUUGGUGCGCAGCCAGCCCAGGCUAUGCCCCGUGCAGGAACUGCCGAGGAGAUGCAGUCAUUGGCACGCGGCUUGGGAGCGCUUGAGUGCUGCGUGCAGGAUCCCUACAUGUAUGUGGAUGCCAACAACUUCGUGCUCUGUGCUGCCUGCAACAAGCACUUCACACCAGAGCACUUGACCACCCGUAGGCACCUCAGCUACUUGGACAACAAGCAAGGAACUGUCAACUGGCUCCUGUCGGAACGGAAGCCCAUGUGUGUCAUCCUUCUCCAGCUGUCUGAGCAGAAUCGAGGCGUGCAGGCCAACAGCUACAAUCCGCCUGAGCCAGAAGUGCCUGAAUCCAUUUGGGGAGACAGCUGGGGAGAUGCAGCGUCUUCCACGGCAGCUCAACCGUUAGCCGGAGAAACCCCAGGCAGUUGGGAGGAGAGAGCAGAGCUGGCAGAGCCGGAGAUUCCUCGUUGGAGCGAACACGUCGAGCUGCCUCCAGUUCCCACCAACGAGGAGAACUGGGACUUUGCGUAUUGGCUGGUGCCUUCCAUGGUUUUGGGUUUGAGAAAGGAUCUCCUGGUGUUCAAUGAGCCUAUCGGCCUGGAGGAAGUUUGA